AUGGCGGCGCAAGCAGUGGCGCAGCAGGCGCCGACGCGCACGCAUCUCACGCUCAAGGGAUCUACGGCCCUCGUGCAUGAAUUCUUCAACUACUCGGUGCAGAGCAUCUUGUAUCAGCGAUCGAUCUACCCGUCUGAGGACUUUCGCACGGUGAAGAAGUUUGGGCUACAGAUGCUCGCGACCACCGAUGACGACUUGGCCGACUAUCUGGAUCGCGCCAUGGGGCAGCUUAAAAAGUGGCUCGAGCAGGGCAAGGUCCGUCGUCUUGUCGUUGCGAUUGUCGAAAAAGAAUCCCAGGAAACGGUCGAGCGCUGGCAGUUUGACGUAGAGGUGCUCCGCCCCGGCACCGACGAAGCACCGACGUACGCAUGGCACGCUGACAGCAGCGCGGGCAAUGAUGCGCAGGUCCCUAAGAGUCUGCAAAAGACCGACGCGCAGGUCAAGGCGGAGAUUGCAGCCAUUAUCAAGCAGAUCACGGCGAGCUGCACAUUCCUGCCGGUUCUCGAGGAGCCAUUUGCUGAUUCAGGCGCCUUUCAGAUCCUUGCAUACACGGACCGCGACAUUGAGGUGCCCGUCGAGUGGGCUGACUCGAACGCGCGGCUCAUCGCCGAGGGCAAGGCGGAGCAGGUCAAGCUGCGCAGCUUCUCGACGCAUGUCCACCGCGUGGAUGCUAUGGUCGCGUACAAACGCGAAGACGAAGACGUUUAA